AGGGUGACCGAGGUGAUGUACGGUGGUGUUCAUCUCCCUGCUAUCCACAAUGUCCGGCUAUCUCAUCUCUCCAGGCCCCCGCAUCCGAGUGAACGGAAUGAUGUGGGGGAAUCAGAUUCGCCGUCGCUGCUUCUCCGACCGGUCCGACUUCCUGGGCCAGUUUCUGGAAAGUCACCAGCCCUCACGGGCCGCUGUGAAUUACUUUUCCGCCAUUGACUGGACUCGACGUGUCCUUGACGACAGAAACUACGAGGCCGUGCCCUUUUUCUCCCGGUACUUGGAUGAACAAACAGGGGAGAACCGCUUCUUCAGCCGGACAGUGAACACUCCAACCACGAUACCCCAUAUCCUCGCGCUCCGACAGAAGGGUUUGACCACAAUCGAUACUGCAGAGCCUGAGCCCUCCAUCAGGCUACAGUGCACUCCAACGCCAGAGAUCCAGAAUCGUCGGCCAGGUGUUAUUUGCCUCAUGGCCCUGGGACCGGAGCUCGAGGCGCAUCCGUCCAUUGUCCAUGGGGGAUUCCAAGGUGUUAUUUUUGACGAGAUCAUGAGAUUCGUGAUUCUGUUGCAUCAGCAUAAUAUCGCCCAUCCUGGACCUAGAGACAUCCACUAUACUACACGCAUGUCCAUUUCGUACCGUGCCCCCGUAAUCACGCCGAGCGAUGUCUUGGUGCGCUCGUGGUUGGCUCGGAGGGAGGGUAGGAAGUGGUUUGCUGAGGCACAGAUAGUCGAUUACAACAACAAAAUCUUGACCAGUGCAGAGAGCAUGUGGGUGACGGCAAAUGGUGCGGCCAGUUAAUCCGGAAUUUUGUAUGUUUGCCCGCUAUAGACCAUGAAGAUGGAGAUUUCACAUUUGAGCUGUCAGGGGCCAAUCAUCAUCAACGCUUACUGCACUCGUUAAAAACAGAUAUGCUCGCUUUGCGAGCAAAGCAAAAACAAACAACAGCCGAGAUUCGCUGGCGGUCACCCACCCAACUACUAACCGGCCGGCGUGUGGCAUAUGUACACAACCAUCAACUAAGAUGUAAGAGGAAGUCAGCAUAGUUGCCACCUUCUGAGCCCAUCUGGUCAAGCAGUCACAAGCUAUACCUUGUCCUACCAACUCUUUGAUGCCAGAUUGAAUCGUUUGCACAGCGGUUCCCUUGAAUAACAGUCACGACUAUUUCGAGGACUCAGAAUC